AUGGUAAUGCUUCUUCGGGACCUUUCGCCGGUUAUCCAGUUAAGCAUCGGCCGAGUGCACUACCUAUUCCCUCUGCCCGACAUAAAUUACCUUCUAUUAUCGGCAGCGCAGCCGCCGAUACUACACAACAUGUGGAUGACCGUAAGACGGAAAAUAACUUCCAAAACGCAACGCAACAAAUUAUUACAAAAAAAAAGUUCCGACGAUCGGAAGAUAAGUGAAGCGAUACAUGGUGCACGUGAUCGUAUUGAAAAAUACGAAAGAGAAGCAGAGAAUAGAUUCAAGUCGGAGUUAAGAACAAAAGAAAUCAUUGAACGUAUCCGAAAAAGGAAUGAAAAGCAAAUGCAGGCCGCCAAUGAGCUUGACAAAAAUUUAGAGAAAACUACAGAAGAUAUAUGGAAAACUCAACUGCAGCAAAACGUGGAACAUAUAGAAAACGAUGUAAAAAAUGAAGAUGCCAAAAAAAGAUUACAGCAAAAACGUUCGGAGCAAAAAAAGAAAUUAGAGCAGCAAAACAUUAGUGUAGACCCCCCAACAUCUACAGUCGCCGCCAUUCCAAGUCAGCCCGGCAGUCCUGCUCCCGGCCUUACCCCUCAGCCUACCGGUGGCCGUAAUGCUCAUGGGCGUGAUUACUAUGAACUAAGGGGAAGGGAUAGAGGGCAGGGGGAUUAUAUUAUUCUGGGAGGCAAAGCCAUAGAGGAUCAGUCCUACGAACAACAUGAGAAAGAACGAAAACAAAAGGCGGCCGAGGAACGAAAAAAAUUGUGGGAUUUGGAAACGAAGCGAGAGGAAGAUAGGUUAAGGGAAGCUAUGCAAAGGGGAUUAUUAGAUGACGUUAUGGAGGAAGUGUUUGAUAACGAUGAGAUGAUUGUCGAUGUUAAGGGUGUAGUGGAUAUCGACGUUGAGGGGACCGAUGUGUCUGGUGGUGGGUACACCGCUCUGUUUACUAUUGAGCAGCGACCACUGGUCAAUGCUGAAGAUGAAAGUCACAGUAUCGAUAGCCAAGUAGUUGGUGUUGACGAGAGUCAACUGGUUUUUCCAGUUGACGGAGAGGAAGUGAAAGAAAAAAUAGGAGAUGAAGAGGGCGGGCUGGACGAUGAUAAAGCUGUAGUUAUUGAUGGCACAAUGGUGUCUGAUGCUGAUCAUGCAAUAUUCCGUCACUAUGGGGAAAUAGUUGUGGAUAUUGGAGGAAACGAAGUGACGGAGAAGUGUGACAAGCAGAAAGACGAAGAACGUCGAAUGCAGCUGCUGUACCAAAACCAUCAUAAUCACGCAAAAUCGUUGGAUGGACAGCCAGUUCCGGAUCCCACCGAUUUAAUUUUGAGGCAACAGGAGGUCACAAACAUGCGCAGAGCGUACAAGGAAGAAGAAAAAAGGCAGAGAAUGAAGGAUUAG